AUGAGCAGCGAAGCAGACUUGCCGCGCUCUCAAUCGCGUCCGUUUUUGGAACUAGCUCAAAGCCUGCGGAAAAACUCGCAAGAUUCAUCUCAAAUUGCGAGGAAGAUUUCAGAAUCUGUAGCAGACGGUGAUUUGGACCACCCUGAAGGCCUUUCCAUUCUCACCGUCAAGGUGGAUGCCCUGCUCGCUUACAUCCAGAAUUUGGCCCUACUGUGCGUGCAUCGCCUCAGUGGACAUUCUUUGGGCGAAGAAACGGGCUCCCAAUAUGUAAAAAAUUUGGUCAAGCUCCGCCUUCGUUUGGAAAAGAUGCGUCCGAUGGAAGCUCGGCUCAAAUACCAGGUGGAAAAGCUGCUGCAAACCUUAGCGGCCGUGGAACGUGAAGCUUCAUCUGGCGCAGCUCAUGAAGAUAAGCAAACAGAUGUGGAAGAAGAUGUGGACAUGUUAUCAUUCCGUCCCAAUCCAGAAAGUCUCGUUUCUGCGCAAGUGGGCCGAUCAGAUGUGGCCGACGAAGAAACAGGCGAGCCGUCCCCAGCUGUCGGCGGCGUAUACCGCCCGCCGAAGGUCGCUCCUGUCGUAUACGAUCCUGACGCACAUGUAUCACGCAAUGCGCGGAAAAAGGAGCGCCAAGUGUCACGCAAUACUGCAUUGUUGGCCGAUUUGACUGCUGGUAUGUCAACUAACCCCUAUGAAACAUCUGUAGGUGGUGUUGGUGGCGAUGGUGCCAUCGGUACUUCCGGAUCAUCGCGUGCCCGCGCACUUCGUCGCAUGCAAGAAUUCGAAGAAGAGAAUUACAAGCGUCUCUCUUUGAACAAGAAGGAGGCGAAGAAGCGUCGUCGUGAUGAACAGGAUGUGGCUCUAGGUGGCUUGGGUUUGUCGAGCCACGGAGGACAUCGUCUUAGCGGCGGAAUCGAAGAAGAAUUUGGUGACUUGCUACGUGGCUCUGAACGCGAUGCUCGACGCCGAGCGCGUGGCGAUGAACGUGAUGCGUAUAAUGCACUGCAGAAGCGAGCAAAGCGUCCAACUGCCAUGUCGCAAGCUAAGCAACACGCUGACACGAGCGAUCAUUUGGGCGCUAGUGCAGCCUCGACACACAAAUUCAAAAAAGCUCUGCGAAAGCACAAGCAAAAAUCGCGUGUCUAA